AUGUCGAAUAAAGCUUCUACGAAUGUUAGCAUUAUUUCAAAGUUAUGUGCAAUUGUUACAGAUAAUCCAAAUACAAUGCAAAAGAUGCAAGAUUUAUUCAUUUCGAAACUAGAAAAUCAACAUAUAAUUGAAUUGCGAUGUUUUGCACAUGCCAUAAACUUGAUUGCUGGUGUUGUAGUUAAGCAUGUUUAUGCGAAAAAUAUUAUUAGCAAAGUAACAACAAUCACAUCAUUUUCCAAUCAUUCACAUGCAUUUAAAGCAAAACUUAAAGAAGAAGCUAAACGAUUAAAAAUAAAAAAAGAAACUCUAAUAGAAUCGUUAUUACUCGGUGCACCAACAAAAAUAAUCAAUAUAAUGAAUAGUCGUUCAUUUUUUACCGACGUAGAAAAUUUAUAUAAACUUAUGAAACCAUUAGCAUAUGUAAUGUCAAUUAUCCAGUCUUCUUCAGUUACAUUGGCUGAUUGCUUCUUAAUUUUAUCAUAUCUUCGUUUAACAACAAAUCAGUUUAUUGCUAAUACUGAAACUCGAACGUUUGGUCGUUUUGUUAGCAAAGUGGUCGAUAUUCGACUGAAGGAGUUUCAUAAUGAUCUUUACUUAAGUGCUUAUUAUCUUCAUCUCAAUCAUGACGCAGGUUUACUUGCUGAUGGUCGAUCUGCUGUUUAUCGUUAUCUUGCUGAGUAUAGCAAAAAAACUGGUAACAAUUUAGCAACGACAAAACAUGUACUCGGUGCUUUACAACGAUAUGAAAUUAAAAAUGGACCAUACGCACUUCAUUAUACUGAAGUUAUGCCAGAACGGCUAUUCUCCAUUCUUGAUUGGCACCACAGUAAACGUCGUAAUCGUUUAAAUCUAUUUACACUUGAAGCAAUUGCUAAAAUACAUACAUUUUACAAAGCGGAAUUGAGCAAUCCUGAUGAUAUGAUGGAUAUGGGUUAUUUGGAAGAUAUAUUAGAUUUAAUGGAUGAUUCAUCUGCUGAUCCUGUUGUUAUUGAUGAAGGGAAUAAAUCUGCCGUAGAUGCAAUUGAUUUUUUUCUAUGUAUUAACGACAAUCAUCGUGUUUUACGUGAAAAGUGUGAUGAAGAAAACAUAAACGAAGAUCAACCUGUCGACGAUGAACACAUUUCAAAAUUUGAUCAUGUUCUAAAUACUGACAGUCGAGAUUUUCAACAGAUUUUAAUUGAUCUCGGUUUUAUCGAUAAUACUCAUCUGUUGCCAACUGAAGAUGAUGAAGGAACAGAAGCUGAACUAAUUGAAACAGUAUCAAACGAAGAUUGUGAUAUUGAUAAAUUAUUAACAGAGACUAUGAAUAUAUAA